AUGCUGCUUGAGCUGGAGAUGAAUGCAGAUCUGAAGGCACAGCUACGGGAAAUCAACAACACGGUGGCCAUGGAAACUGAAGAUGGUGGUGCUGGAAAAGCUAUCAUAAGUAUCAGUUCUUCAGCUGAAAUCUUUUCAGAAAAUCGGUUAGUUUGUGAAUUGGGGAGAAAAUUUAGUAGAAAGCACAUAAGCAUAAAGCCUUAUGAAAAACAAGCAAAAGUGCUCCAAAGCUGCACCCUGAUAGCAGAACAAGAUACUAUCCUUGAGGACUCGGUCUUCCCAAUUGAAAUUGUGGGAAAGCGGAUCAGUGUGACACUUCAUAGCAGCCAGCUCAUCAAGGUUCAUUUAGACAAAGCACAACAGAAAAACGUGGAGCAGAUGGGUGAAACUUUUUCUGGUGUGUAUAAGAAGCUCACGGGCAAGGAUGUUGUAUUUGAAUUCCCAGGAAAAUGA